AUGGCAGCCCCGGUCGACCCCCUGCAGGCCCUGCAAGCCGCGCUCGCCGUUCCCGCCGACUCGAAGGAGCAGGCCGACCUGCUCGCCGCCCUGCGUGAAGCGCUCGAGGCGCAGCCCGCGCCGAUCCCCAUCCUCUGUGGCACGCUAGUGAAGACCGUCGCGGGAGCGGGCGACUCCUUGUUGAAGAGAUGGGUGCUGGACUUGCUGCAGUACGCGAUAUGUCGGAGCGCAUUGAGUUUGGAGGCAAGGACGCAGUUAGCCGGGCAGAGCUUGGACACGCUCGUUGGUCUGUUGCGCGACCCCAAUCCGAGCACCGUCAAGAUCGUGGUGCAAUGCUUCGCUACGGUGUAUCCACUGCUAUUUCGCGUCCUAUGUACGAGCAAUAUGAGCAUGCGCCCUCAGUGGGAUAUGCUCGCGCAAGCCAAAGCCACCAUCCUCGAGUGGGUCUGGGCGCCGACCGUCACAGCGGGAGUCAAGCUGGCCGCGAUCAAAUUCCUCCAACGAGUGAUCAUCGUGCAAACUAGGGGCGUGUCGGAUCCUCGACUACAAAACAAGAACGACCCGAACAUCGCCAUGUGUCCCACCAACCAUCCCUUCAUCCCCGUCCAACAACUCGAGCAAGAAGGACUCAAGCUCAUCGAGAGCGUCAUCACCAUCCUCUACACCUCACAGAACCACGACAUCCUCUCUGCCAUCCUCAACUCCUGGGCGACACUCCCGAAGCUGCGACCGUCUCUGGCGCAACUCGUCGUCUCUUCCCUUGCGUCAUGGACGCCCGCCGCCCUUGCCGGCCUCCCCGCCAGCGAGGUCAAGAGCGCCGAAAAGGCCGUGCGCAUCCUGCUCGUCCACCUAUCCAAAACGCCGCAGGCCCAACCGUACAUCCAGCAGAUCAACGAAGCGCUCGCUGCUCAAGGCGUUCGCAUGGACCGCGCUGCAUCCGAAGAAAAAGCUCGCAGAGCCGCGCUCGCAGCCGAAGCCGCCCGCCUCAAGCGGCCCAUGGAGGCGUCCCCUACUCCUCCCACCGCAUCCUCUUCCGGGACUCACGCGGAGCCGGACGCGAAGCGGGUGAAGCGCGAGCACGGCGCGGCGGGCAGCGCGGCGAACGCGAAUUUCCUCGCCUCCUUCGAUUUCUCGUCAUUGCCUGCGUCGCUCGUUACGGACCUCAUAGUCGCGAACCUGCAGGCGUUCAGCGAGGAGCGGCUUGCGGAGCUCGUUAGGGCGUAUCGGGUCGCGAACGGGGCACCGGUGCCGGCGCUCGCGGAGGCCCCCGCACCUGCGCGGGCACCUUCGGUCGAGCCUGUACCCGGGCUUUCGGGGACUGCGCCAGAGGCGGAAGCCCCGAAGGCACGACCGGAUGGGUCGGCGAAGGUGGAUAGAACGGAGGUUAAGGAGAAGGAGGGAGAUCGGGAGGUGGCGGUUAAGGAGGAAGUGGUGAAUCCCCUGGACAUGAAUGUGGACGGAGAAGAGAUAGAGUAUGAGCCCGAGAGGCUGAACCAAGAGCUAUCGGGCGAUGAGGCGGCGAUGGCGAUGGAGACAGAGGCGACAGAGGAGGCGUUGGGUGCGGAUGGGGAGCUGAAGAUCCAGCUGUUGACGGACUUUAGGCUCCCGCCGCCGCCGGAGGUGCCGGAGACGGAGCGCGACGCGGUCGUGCGCGCGAGCAUGAUGCGGCUGUGGGACGAAGUGGACGCAGACGGCGCGCCGGAGGAGAACCUUGCUGUGCCCGAGCUGUGGAUGACACUCGUGGUGCGGAUGGUCACGCGCGUCGCUUAUCCGCCGAAGGGGGAUGGAGGGGGCGGGGAGGAAGAGAAGGAGGAGAAGGGGAUGGAGGUGGAUGGGGGAGACGAGGUCGGGUACGCAAGGCAGGAGAGGCUGAGGCGGACCUUGUGUGAUUAUAUCAUGGCGGAUUUCCCCCGACGGGUACGGCUAGCGACGGUGUGGAUGAACGAAGAGUGGUACAACGACCAGAUACGAACACGAGGUGACCGAAGUUGGCGGCCGAACUACGACACCUGGUUGAACCAGAUUGUAUCGGCGUACCAGACGCAACUCGACGCCAAGGACCGAACGUUUUCUCGGUUCCUGCUCGACAUACCCUCGGUUCCGAUGGAUGUGUUUGCGCUGUUGCGAGAUUUGUGUGUCGAUCCCGAGAGGCGUGAGGUGGGCUUUACGGCUCUGCGGGGGUUUGUGAUGCAACGGCCAUCGCUGAGGGACGAUGCGAUAACGGUGUUACUAGAUCUGACAACACAUCCAGAAAAGCUCACGCGAGCAGCCGCGAUCAAUACCGUCCGGCGAUGGGUGCCCGACCAGCAGCCGAUGGAUGGUAUGGUACGCGACUUUGCGCUCCAGAUGCUCCGGAGGCUGCAGUCGACCAAAAAGGGCGCAUCUUCCGGAGGUGGAGGCGAGGACACAGCAAUGGACGACGAGGAUGGCGAGCUCCCACCGGAGGAGCUGGUGCAGACGCCGUACUUGGGAGAGCAGAUCGAGAUCCCGGCGGUGAAGGCGGAGGUUCUGCAGCACGUCGAGCUGUUGUUCGCACUGUCGAGACAGGUACCGGAGUUUCUUGACGAAAUAUUCGCUGCAUACAGCCAGAUGCAUCAGUCCGUGCAGGAGACGGUACAAGAUUUAAUCACGCCCUUAAUACGGUCGCUGGGGUCAGGGCACGGCAAGCUCCUCACGCUUUUGCGGACAUUCCCGCCCGGCGCCGAGUCUCUCGCGCUGCGGGUGCUCAAUAUCUUCACGGAACACGGACGGCCGAGUGCACCGCUUGUGGUUCUCGUGAAGAGUCUCAUGGCGGAGAGGGACCUGGACGCACGGUUCUUGAUGCCCAUCAUUGGGGAGAUGGACAAGGCGGACAUCCACCGACAUCUACCCCGCAUCGUCUCGAUGUUGAACGGCACGCCAGAGAACAAGGCUCUUGUGCGCGCCGUGUUCAGCUCGAUUGUCACCACGCCGCCGCAAACGUUCACGACCGUGACCUCGAACCUGCCACGCGUGCGCCAGAGCGAGUUACUGACGCCUGCGGAGUUGAUGGUCGUGCUGCACAACUCGGAGAAGGAGAUUGGGUUGAAGAGCGCGAUGGAGGCGAUCGGAAUCUGCUUCUCGAUGACGGACGUGUACCGAUCCGAGAUACUCGCCGUCGUGCUGCAGCAGAUCGUCGACGAGCCGGUGCUGCCGACGCUCUUCCUCCGGACGGUGAUCCAGGCCGUGCAGACGUACAAAUCGCUCGUCGGCUUCGUGUCCACCACGCUGCUCUCGCGCCUGAUCACGAAGAAGAUCUGGACGAACCCGCCACUCUGGGCGGGCUUCAUCCGAUGCGCGAAGGUGAUCGCGCCCGCGAGCUUUGGCGCGCUGCUGCAGCUGCCGAAAGACCAGCUGCGAGACUUGGUGGACAAGCAGCCGGAUUUGAAAGCGGGGUUGAGGGAGUUCGUACUCAAGAAGGCGGGGAACAAGGCGCGUACGGCGGGGUACCUCGAUCUGUUUGGGGAGGACGAGCCAGGCGCGCCGAAGGAGCCGGGAGGGUCGAAGGAGGGUACUCCGACGCCAAGUUGAGCGUGUUCAGGCUAACGUUUCUCUUCAUGCUAGCCGAGUAUGUAUACUGUACCACGUUUCGUCUGUUGUCGAGC